CCCCCCAGGGGUGACGGCGCAUGCGCAGUGUGCGUGUUGCUGGACGCUGGGACACACAGACACAUAGAGAGAGAGAGAGAGAGAGAGAGAGAUGACCGAGUGAACCGCAGUAAACUCCAUGAUGUCAGACUCUGCGGAUGCCAAUUGUGCAGAGGCGGAGCCUCUGAAAGGCCAACAGGAGGAGGAGGAGACAGACAGGUCGAGUGGGUGUGGCUGCGCAGGUAAAACAGGCGUGGCUAAGCUGUCAGGGUGGCGCACGGCGACUCUCCUGCUCUCGCUCUUCAUCUGUCUGAGCGUAGUGUUCGCCUUCUCCUUCAUCCUGCCCUGUCCCGUCAGAGCACAGUACUCCGCCACCUGGAACCUGACUCUACAUAAUGCAGUGACGUACAAGUUCCUGGCUUUUGGUGAUGCGAGUAAAGACAAAGUGCAGGACGUGUUCGUCACCUAUAAGAGCUCAGAGGGUCAUAUGAACACAAGCUGCAUAGAGAAAGGUCUGUCCUCCCCGUGCCUCUUUCUCCUGGCUGUUGAUGGCGCUGUUGGAAAUCCGCUCUGGGAAACUCCUUUAACCGCUGAAUUUCAGUGGGCAGAAUGUGGGGUGGGCGGAGUCAAUGGAGAGAAACUCUGUGUGGUCGCUCACGGUGAUAAACUCACCCCCGUUAACAUGCACACAGGUGAGUUUGUGUGGAACCGUGCCCCCCCUCUGGUUGCUAACAGUCACCUCCCAGUGAUCAGUCUGCCUGAUCUAAACAAGGACAAAACCAACGACAUCGCCGUGCUGAGUUACUCAACCACCAACACACCAUCAGGGACGGAGCUGGUGUUCUUCUCGGGUGAAACUGGAGAGGUGAUUGGCUCCAGCAAGGAUGUGGGCGUGGCCCCGGGGCAGAUGAGGUCACACAUGCAGUUCAGCACGGCGAGUAAAGCGCAGUACAUCCUGCUCCAUACAGACAGAGGCCUGUAUGCGGUGAGUUUGGCGACGUUGGUCACUCGUGCUGGUCUCACCUCCAACCUGCAGAAAGAUAAAAGCUGGGAACAACGAGCCGAUCAACAGGGACUCAUCACACUGUACAACUCUAGCUCGGACCCUUUGCAGUCUGUACUGAGGGUGAGAGGUGGAUAUUCGAGCUCCUCUCGCUCACUGCUGCUCCACACACAAUCCACUGUCAUGCAUUUUGACGCACAAAAACUCAGCGUUACCUGGACCUCCAACGCAAGUAACCUGAUCAGUACUCCAUCAUUUGGAAACUUCAACACAGAUGAGGAUCCUGAUGUUGUUCUUGAGGAAAACCAGGGAAACAACACCAAGAGAGUGGUGAUUCUUGAUGGACAGACGGGCGGUGUCCUGUGGGAGGUGAUCAUGUCGUUCAACCCUGACGAUCCUCAGCCUGGGACCAUCCUCACACUCAACUCCUUCUCUGUGUUCAUGCUGUGGGGAGAGUCAUACACACACGACAACCACACGAGUGUGGAGGGUAAACAGCACUCUUCAUAUCUGCUCCACCCACUUCAUGAGACCGUCCUCCUGGAGAGGAGAAACUCCGCCCAAAACAUUAUCACCUUUCAAGCACUUCUGUUGGAGCGAAGCCGUCAUGCCUGUUACUUCGUCCUGACCGGACAGGACGGGGCCCAGACGGGCGUCGGCUCCGAGCAGGUGAUCCUGACCAAGCGCAAGAUCAAAGGCGAUGUCGACGAGAGCGGCGUGUUAGGAGUGGGCGUGUCGGGAACACUGGGCGGAGACGUCUCCUCACAGGCGGACUAUGUGAAGGAGGCGUUCUACAGACUGAGGUUCAGCGAUCCGGCUCAGUGACUGUGUGUGUGAGUGUGUGUGUGUGUGUGUGUGAGUGUCUGAUUAUUUUUGUGUGUGACACUGAAUUCUGUCGCUUAAACACUACUGUUUCUAAUCCUUAAAUCUAACACACUCACCAGACUCGCACCAUAAGCCCCGCCCCCCUGCCGCCCCUCUGCCACCCAGUUGUCAUGUCUGAUCCCUAACCUGUCGGUGCCCCGUGUUACCGAGAAACAAAUUUCAACACCUUUAGCUGUGACGACGAACCCUAAGUUUACAGGAAGUGCUCAGGGACGCGCGUCUUUGGGGACAGUGACGUCUGUCCAGGCGCGGUGCAUGCUGGGGCAGGUCCAUCAUUUACUCCUGUUUAGACU